GAGGUGGGGAGGGACGGCCCUGCGUGACUGGUCCUCGGGCCGCUCUCCCGCCGGGCGCCGCGGGCACGCUUACUUAGCGGUUGGGAGCGGGCGCUCGCGGCGGCUUUCUCCGCUUAGGCGGCUCCACCGGCGGGGUCGGGACGCGGCCACCUUUCUCCCCUCGCCAUGUCCAAGGAGGAGAAGAAGCCCUUCCGCCAGAGCAUGGCCGAGUGGCGGCAGUUCGUGUACAACCCCCGCAGCGGCGAGUUCCUGGGGCGCACGGCCAAGAGCUGGGGUUUGAUCUUCCUAUUCUAUCUGGUAUUUUAUGGCUUCCUAGCAGCACUCUUCACAUUCACAAUGUGGGUUAUGCUUCAGACAUUGAGCAGUGAUAUUCCAAAAUACCGUGACCGGAUUGCUAGUCCAGGACUUAUGAUUUCACCAAAGCCAGACACAGCGCUGGAAUUUUACUUUAACAAGAGUGACUCCCAAUCAUAUGCAGAAUAUGUUUCUACACUUAGACAAUUUCUUGAAACUUAUGAUGAUUCAAAACAAGCCCAAAACAUAAACUGCACACCAGGAAAGGUUUUUGAUCAGAAUGAUGAGGCUGUUAAAAAGGCAUGUCGAUUUAAUCUCUCUGAGCUUGGACAGUGCUCUGGAAAGGAGGAUAAGACCUUUGGCUAUUCUAGAGGAACUCCAUGUGUGCUUGUGAAAAUGAAUAGAAUAAUUGGAUUAAAGCCUGAAGGAGAACCAUACAUACAGUGUUCAUCUAAGGAAGAAGGCACAGUUCAGAUAAAUUAUUUUCCUCCUGGAGGUUUGAUUGACUUAAUGUACUUUCCAUACUAUGGGAAAAGCUUGCAUGCUCACUAUUUACAGCCUCUAGUGGCUGUUCAACUAGCAAUUAACUCCAACAGUACCAAAGAAGAAAUAACAAUUGAGUGUAAGAUCCUGGGCUCACCUAAUUUAAAAAAUGAAGAUGACCGUGACAAGUUUCUGGGACGAAUUGCCUUCAAAGUUCAGAUGACUGAAUAGCAGGAGUUCAAAAAAAAAAAAAAAUCUCACAAAGUAAACAUUGUGUUGUCUGUUUUGUAUCAGCUGGACAUGCCAUUCUAGGAUAUGAGACCACCUUGGAGAAUGUUCAGGUGGUAUAUGGCGUUCAGGAUAGCAUAAAUAAUAUGCUUCCAAAUCAUAUGUUUAAAAUCCCUUAAAAUAAAUGCCUAUCAUGCUUCUGCCUGCCCCACUGGAACAGUGUACAGACUAUAGUUAUGUCAUUUUAGGGACCUGUAAAUAGCUGUUUUCAGACACAUAAUAAUGGUGAUCUUUGUCCUGUUCUAAAAUGUGGUUUUAUCCCCCAAGUGAGUGUCUCAAGCUUAAUGUGCUGUGCUAUGUAAAUAUUGUAUUGAUUUAACACUGGUUUAACUGUCAUAUCUCAAUGCUGACACAGUUAUAGGGAUAAAUAAUAAAUGGUACCUGACUGACAUAGUGAUUUUUUUGAAAGAGUAAACACCUCCACGUAAAUUGUGUGUAUGGUAGUGGGUGGGUGGAUGGAUGGUUGUGUGGAGAUGCCUUAAAUCCUAGGUUGGGUGGGGUGGGAGAAUUAAAAUGGAUUUUAAGAAUUGGUAUGAAUUUCUGAAAGUAAGUGCUCAACUAGUACUUUCUUGUGCUUGUCACUGUGCAAGUAUUGUGUACAUGUAAUACUUGGUAUAGAGUUUGGUAUUCUAGCUGAGGAAUUGAAUCUUUUAUUGUGUUGUUAAUUGCUUGCGGUAUGUGGAGCACAAAUAAAAUCUAUACAAUAUUUUAAAACUUUCUAGUUCAGAAAUAUUGAUAUAAGGCAAUUAAAAUGGUUUAGAGUCUUGGUAACAGUUGUACAACAGAGCUGCUUGAAAGAAGUGGCCUUGCUAUUGUGGAAAUAAGCUUUCGUUUUCCAAUAAAAUAAGUUCCUGAAGAAACUCUGUUGAAAAGAAAAUAAGAAUUGUCUUGAUUAAACAUUCCUAUGUUUAAUUUA